AGCGUGAAGCCUCACUUCCGAUCAUCCAGCAGCUCGGAGCACGCUGGGGAGGGUCCCGCGGCCGUCAGCGCCAUGCCGAUGGGGGACGGACCACUGAGCAGAACCGGCUCAAGGAAUUUCGUUAUGGAGCGGCAGAGCAGUACGCUAACUGGGCACCCAGACCAAGGGUUUUCCCAGAAGGAUUCUCCUGCCGCGCAGAUGGAGCAGAAUGGAGAUUACGGCAUUGGCAGGGGCAGGAGGAACGUGUUCAGAGGGCGGAGGAGACGAGAAGAUGACCGCGUUUCAAGACCUCAGCCUUCAGCAGAAACAAAGACUCAGACACCAAAGUUUGACUUGCUAGCAUCAAAUUUCCCACCUUUGCCUGGCAGCACCGCAAAAGCAGCGGGAGAGCCCGUGCUGGAGAGCAGGAUGUCCGAUGUGGUUAAAGGAGUCUGCAGAGAAAAGGAAAGCAGAGAUUUGCUGCCCAGCUCUCCAGCUCCCGCUCAGGAAGACCAGACGCACAGCACUGUCCAGCAGUUUUUGGUGGCUGGUGUGGGCUCACCAAGCCAGGCCGAAGCUGUGGCGCUGAGCACAGUUCAGCCAGACAGCAAACCAGAAGAAGUGUCCACUCAGAAAGAUGUGACAAGCCACGCUUCCCCGCCGGCGUCCGUCUCUCCUGCCACCGCUGCAAAGCCACCACGGACAAACACCACUUCACCUUCUGCUAACGCAAGUGCAGCUCCUGCUUCAUCGGUGCAGGAGCCACGCAAGCUGAGUUAUGCUGAAGUGUGCCAGAAGCCCCCAAAGGAGCCGCCUCCUCCAGUUGCUGUUCAGCCUCUGAGGGAACAUCGCACCAACAUAGUUCCCCCUGCCAAAACCGAAGAAAACGGCGCACCCGAGAAGGCUCCGGAGAAGGCUCACGACAGGGUCGAAGGUCGAAUGAAGGAUUAUCCCGGGUUCCGAGGCAGCGGGCCUCCCAGGGGAGCUGCUGAAAAUCAGGGAACAGAGGCGCCAGUUUGGCCGCAGAUCAUCGCCUCAGGGAGCACCGCGACGUGUCGGCAAGGAGCAGUACGUGCCGCCCCGCUCACCAAAGUAGCGCUCGUCCAGCCAUGUUCUCUGUUGGAUUUGAGCUGUGGGCUGGCAAGCAGCAAAGGAGACUGGGAGAAAGGAGUUUUCGUGAAGGGGAGUGCUGAACUGGAGCGUGGCUUGUAUGGAGGAGUUGUGGAGGGUCCCAAAAUUCAUCUCUAAAAGUGAUUUCGCAAAUGCUGGAGGAUUCCAAUCAAUAUAAAUAUAGAGAUUAUAAUUUUUGUAUUUUUGUUUUUAAUUUGCAGAGGGUUUCCUGCUUGAAAUCAGUUUUGGGGUUGUGAAACUAGCGUUUUGACAAAGUGAAAGAGUAUGAAUUGACAAAUUAACCUGUCCCUCAGCGUAGGAGGAAAAGGAUAAGAGAAGAUUAUUUUUUGAAAAAUGAGCGUUUCUGUAAAAUUAGAACUUUUUUUAACCUAUUUAACAUUUGGCUUGUGGGCUGGUGUGUCUGCCGUGGGUGGCCCUGCCCUGCGGAGCGCGUCCGCAGCGGAGGCGCUCGGCCGGCGUGUGAGAGGAGUGCGUGCAGCCAGAGACUGGUGUCGUGACGUAGUCACCGAUGAGAAAAACCGAAUGUACUACUGUAGUAAACGUCGUGUUUCCAGCUUGGAGUAGAGUCUCUUGACCUUACUAACAGUUCAUUCAGC